ACGGAUCAACAGUUGGACUGUGCCCUUGAUUUGAUGAGACGACUUCCUCCACAACAAAUAGAGAAGAACCUCAGUGACCUCAUUGAUCUGGUUCCUGAUCUAUGUGAAGACCUACUUUCUUCGGUAGAUCAACCUUUAAAAAUAGCACGUGAUAAAACAGUGGGGAAAGACUAUUUAUUAUGCGACUAUAACAGAGACGGUGAUUCAUACAGGUCACCAUGGAGUAAUAUGUAUGACCCGCCUUUGGAGGACGGGGCUAUGCCAUCUGAAAGACUUCGAAAAUUGGAAGUGGAAGCCAAUUCUGCCUUUGACCAAUACAGAGAAAUGUAUUUUGAAGGGGGUGUGUCUUCAGUGUAUUUAUGGGAUUUGGAUCAUGGGUUUGCUGGGGUUAUACUUAUCAAGAAGGCAGGAGAUGGCUCCAAAAAAAUACAAGGCUGUUGGGAUUCUAUCCACGUUGUUGAAGUAUCGGAGAAACCCAGUGGUCGUAGUGCACAUUACAAGCUGACGUCCACCGCCAUGUUAUGGUUACAGACUAACAAAAGUGGAUCUGGUAUAAUGAACCUAGGCGGUAGUUUAACAAGACAAGUAGAACAGGACACUAAUGUCAGUGAUGCCACACCACAUAUCGUCAAUAUCGGCAAAAUGGUUGAGGAUAUGGAAAACAAAAUCAGGAAUACACUAAAUGAGAUUUAUUUUGGAAAGACAAGAGAUAUUGUGGGCAGUUUAAGGUCAUAUGCAACUCUAGAAAGUGAAGCAAGUCGCAAACAAUUUCAGCAGGAUUUGGCAUCAGCUCUGAAUCAACGAGGUGGUGGCAAUUAAUUUGACAGAUUUAUAUUUUUAGUUAAAAUUAUCAGAGUGUGUAAGCUAAGUAGAAU